CCUAAUUUUUGGUACCGUCUUCUCUGUUGAAUCUGUUCUCCAUCACUUAGGGUAUCUUAUCUUCUACGAUGGACUUUGAUGAGUAUGAGUACUUAGAGAAGACUGUUGAGAAUCCCCUCCUGGAGAAUGAAGUUGUGAAUGGUGGUGAUGAGAAAGCCAAAUCUGAAGGGAAAGAACGGAGUAGAAGCUCGAGGCAUCGGAGCGAUGAAGAUGAGGAGGGUCGGCGUUCUAAGCGGUCUAGAUCCCACCACCGUUCACGUUCUAGAGAUAGGCAUAGGAGUAGCCGGGAGCACAGGGACAAGGAUAGGGAUAGAGAUCAUGAGAAGAGUAGAGAUAAAGAAGAAAGAAACGGGAAAGAGAGAGAGAGGGACAAAGACAGUAAAGGACGUGACCAUGAAAAAGAACGUUCAAGGAGAAGUAGAAGUCGAUCAGAGCGACAUCGGAGUCAGGAAAGAGAGAAGAGCCAGGAAAUUGAACCUAAGGAAAGAGAGAUCAAGGAACGGGAUAGAGAUCGCAGACGCCAUAAAGAUAAAAAGGAGGAUAAGGUAGAGCCUGAGGCUGAUCCUGAGAGAGACCAGAGAACAGUUUUUGCCUAUCAGAUUGCGUUGAGGGCAACUGAAAGGGAUGUUUAUGAGUUCUUUUCCAGAGCUGGAAAGGUACGGGAUGUACGGAUAAUUAUGGAUCGAAUUUCGAGGCGUUCAAGGGGAAUCGGGUAUGUGGAGUUUUAUGAUACAAUGUCUGUCCCUAUGGCUAUUGCUCUAUCUGGACAACCUCUUCUUGGUCAGCCUGUUAUGGUAAAACCUUCUGAAGCUGAGAAGAAUCUUGUUCAGUCAACAACUGCUGCUGCUGGAGCUGGGGGGAUGUUGGGCCCCUACUCUGGGGGAGCUAGACGUCUUUAUGUUGGUAACCUCCACAUUAACAUGUCAGAAGAUGAUCUGCGAAAGGUAUUUGAACCAUUCGGGAGUGUGGAGCUGGUGCAAGUACCUCGUGAUGAAACUGGCCUCUGCAAAGGUUUUGGUUUUGUUCAGUUCGCCCGCCUAGAGGAUGCUAGGAAUGCACUGAAUCUAAAUGGGCAGUUGGAGAUUGCAGGUCGUGCAAUCAAGGUGUCAGCUGUAACUGAUCAAACUGAAGUCCCAGAAGCUGGACAGACGCAAACCACCGGUGAUUUGGAUGAUGAUGAUGGAGGAGGCCUGUCUCUGAAUGCACAAUCGCGUGCGCUUCUCAUGCAAAAGCUUGAUCGCAGUGGAACGGCAUCAAGCACUGGCCUUACUACAGCUGCAUCAAUUCACGGAGGAGUUUCUACAAUCUCUCCAUUGGCAGCUCCUGCUCUUUUACAAGGGUCUUUUCCUGCAGUUGCUGGACUCGCAGGGGCCGGCAUUAUUCCUGGUGUAAUACCAGCUGUGCUUGACCCAGUUGGUAUCCCCAGCGAAUGUCUGCUGCUUAAAAACAUGUUUGAUCCAUCCACAGAGACUGAACCUCAUUUUGACGAGGAUAUAAAAGAAGAUGUCAAAGAAGAAUGCUCCAAGUUCGGACAGCUGGAUCAUAUCUACGUUGACAAGAACAGCGUUGGUUUUGUCUACCUGAGAUUUGAGAAUACGCAAGCAGCCAUGGGUGCACAACGUGCUCUCCAUGGAAGAUGGUUUGCUGGAAAGAUGAUUACUGCCACUUACAUGACUACAGAGGUUUACGAGGCCAAAUUCCCCGAGAGUAAGGUCGGUUAAAGGUGCCUGCCGGAGACUAAGUUUAUAAUUAUGGUUGAAGUAUAAAGAAAAGAUAAAAUCUACGGUGGUAAUGUUAACUGUCCUAAUCCAAUCUUGUGUCAAGAUUUAUGUUUAUGGUUUUUACCCACUUGUAUUUUUAAGUCUCGGUAUUGUGUGUUAACUUUGACACCCUUUUUAAAAAGUUUUUUAAUUCAGUAUUUUGUUAAACUUA